UCCAAUCAGCCAUGAGACAAAUCCUACUUCCAUUUUUGUUAUCAUCAGUGAUAACAUUGUGCCAAAGCGCCAAAUUACCCACAAAUUUCCAAAAAUGUAACCGGAAACAACCCGAUUUAAAACAAUGUGUGCUCAAAGCGGCCCAAGACGGGAUUUUUCAAUUAACUCGCCCUUAUAAUGAAGUGAAUAUUCCAAAUUUGAACCCUUUUGAAUUAAAAGAAGCCACUAUUGGGGGUGGAGGCGCCGUGGCAGUAGAACAGAAAUUUAAAGAUUGUAAAUUAACUGGCUUUAAUAAGAUGAAAUUAGAUAAAUUCGAAUUUGAUUUCGAGAAAAAGGUCUUAAACGUUGCUGGAACAUUCCCAGAAAUUGUAAAAAAAUGUUCUUAUGAAGUGGAUGGUCAAGUGCUUCUCUUGCCAGUUACUGGAAAAGGGCCAAGUGAAAUAGUUUUAACAAAUCUGGCUGUGACUGCUCUUCUGCAUUACGAAGAAACGAAGAAGAAGAACAAAACUUUUAUAAAAAUCGUUUCAAGUGAAAUUAGUAUGGAUCCAGGUCACGUGUCUUACAAAUUGGAUAAUUUGUUUAAUGGUGAUAAAGUUUUGGGCGAUAAUAUCAAUCAAGUCCUUAAUGAUAAUUGGAAGGAAGUCUUUGAUGAUGUUAAAGCUGGUUAUAUAGAAAUUAUUCAAGCAAUUGUCACAAGUUUGUUAAAUAAUUUCUUCUCGAAAGUGUCUAUAGAAGAAGCUUUCGAUUAAUUUUUAUGUGAUUACAUAAUUUAUACUUUUUUUUUCUUUGUUAACUAAAUAAAAAAUAUUUGUAAUAGAACAAGUUGUUUUCUAUAGGUGUAGUAAUAAAAAUAUGAUACUUUA